AUGGGCAGCAGCCAACAGAGUGAGACAAGUCAGGAAAUGGGCAGCAGCCAACAGAGUGAGACAAGUCAGGAGGUGGGCAGCAGCCAACAGAGUGAGACAAGUCAGGAGAUGGGCAGCAGCCAACAGAGUGAGACAAGUCAGGAGAUGGGCAGCAGCCAACAGAGUGAGACAAGUCAGGAGAUGGGCAGCAGCCAACAGAGUGAGACAAGUCAGGAGAUGGGCAGCAGCCAACAGAGUGAGACAAGUCGAGAGAUGGGCAGCAGCCAACAGAGUGAGACACGUCAGGAGAUGGGCAGCAGCCAACAGAGUGAGACAAGUCAGGAGAUGGGCAGCAGCCAACAGAGUGAGACAAGUCAGGAGAUGGGCAGCAGCCAACAGAGUGAGACAAGUCAGGAGAUGGGCAGCAGCCAACAGAGUGAGACAAGUCAGGAGAUGGGCAGCAGCCAACAGAGUGAGACAAGUCAGGAGAUGGGCAGCAGCCAACAGAGUGAGACAAACCAGCUGCCACGCGUAGAAGCCGCCGUGGAUCUUCCAGUUGUGGUUGAUUCAGACGAUGAUGAAAUGGUCUCCCACGAACUAGAGCAAAUGAGGAGUAUAUUGGAAGAGGCGAUUUUGGAAACGCGCAGCAUGCCUCUCGAAAAUCGACCACGACUUCCCCGCAUACCCCUAAGCAAGCGAAAUCGGGCUGUCGUGAGGGCUCUUAACCCAAUGCUGGUAAUCUAUUUGGAAGCCAGCCGGGACCUUUGCGAGACGGACUCAGUUCUUUUUGGCGCCGCAGUGGCAGCUUGCCGUAUUAUUGGCGCCAAACUUCCCAUGGCUGGACGCGCUACUAAACAAAGUAGCGCCAUCCCAGCCUGGAGAAAAAGAAUUGAGGACCGUAUCGCAAAGGCAAGGGCCCUUAUCGGCAGACUGAUAAGCUUCAGGUCGGGUAAUAAUAGACCGAGGGUUGUGCGCACCGUUAGAAUGGCGUUUGCUGGGGCAAAUAUCAGUUUGUCCCAGCCGGAUAUCACGCAGAAACUAACGGAGCGCAUAGACGACCUGAAGCAAAAGAUUGCUGCUUGGGGGAAGCGGAUUCGCCGAUUUACCGAGAGGUCAAGGCGGUUCAACCAGAAUCGUCUCCUUCCAGAGUGA